AAUGACUUGGUCUCUGGUCCUUACUCUCAAAACCGCGUUUCUUUUACUCUCUCAAACUUUAUUAUUAUUAUUGUUAGACUCGCCCUUUUCAUUUCUUGCAUAAUCAUGAGACUCUCACUUCCUUUUUAUCAUUUCUAUGGCUUUUUUCCCCUUCUUCUUCUUUUUUAUUCUUCUUCCUUCAGUUCAUUCUUUAUCAACCGUGGCUAUUUCUGAAACUUCUGAUAACCAGAUUUUGAUUUGUGCGCUGACAAAGAAAACUAGUAAUCAAGAAUCGUUUUUAACCUGUUCAGGUUUUCCUUCUCCAGUUCAAAUUCCUGGGCCUAGCUCCAACGUUUCUUAUUCUGGGAUUGUUGCUGGAGAUGGAUUUGUUUGCGGUUUGAGUGAUGUUACUUCUUCCGUUUCAGUAUUAGUUUGUUGGAGAUUCUCUGUUAACGGUUCUGUUACGGAUUACAAGAGGAUUUACGAUGAUUCCGCUAUUACACAGCUCGAAUCGGGUAGUUCCAGGAUAUGUGGCCUUAACGCCACCGGUGGACUAGAGUGCUGGCAAUGGCGAGAAUUCGAUCCUGCCCCUGCUCGAAAGCUGAACCUUUCGAGCAUUGCAGUUGGCGAUGAUUUUGUUUGCGGGCUGUCAGGAUUUGGGAUGGUUUCUUGCUGGGGUAACUUCAGUGUUCCUGACCAAAUUCGUGACCGGAACUACAGCGCGAUUGCUGCAGGUUUUCGAUAUGCUUGUGGUUUAACUCUGGAUAGUGGUUUGCAUUGUUGGGGAGAUACUGAUGGCCAAGAAAUUCCAAAUGGUAAGUUCAAAUCGUUGGCAUUAGGAGAAAAUCGCGGCUGCGGAUUAUUGGCUAAUGAGACGGUUUUCUGUUGGGGGCAGAACAACUUCAGCUUGCCGGAAACUCUGCGAGGUAGUUAUUUUGUUGAUGUCAAAGCUAAGAAGAACGUUUUCUGUGGAGUUUUGAAAUCAAAUUUUUCUUUGAUGUGUUGGGGUAAUCAGGUUUUUGAUUCUGGUUUUAUAGUAUUUGAAGAAGUUUUGCCUGGACCGUGUAAAAAUGUCUGUCCAUGUGGUAUAUUAGCAAAUUCAGCCAGGUCUUGUUCUCAAGGAUCUUUUAUAUGUGAUCAUUGCUACCCGAAUACUAUUACUCCGCCUCCGGCUUCAUCCCCACCAGCAUUGCAACCUUCGCCUCCGCCUUCGUCAUCUUCGGAAGGAAAUAGUGAAUGGAGUGGCAAAAUGAUAGCGUUUUUAGUAGUUGGGUGUGUGGGAUUAUCUUCCUUGUUGCUAUCAAUCAGUUUUUUUCUCUUCAAAUAUUGCAAAUGCAGAGGUUGUCGAGUACAUGAUUCAGGGCGCUUAGACGACGCUGGUGCAGCCCCCGAACAGCAGCAAAUGGAGCAAGCACAACCGGUUCUAGAAAAGCGUCUUAGCCAGCUAGCCAGCAUGGGAAAUGCCGGUCAGCUGGAGGAAUUCUCAUUGCAAGUUCUAAUUCAAGCCACCAACAAUUUCUCUCAAGAUCACAAAGUUGGAACAGGCAGCUUUGGCUCUGUCUAUCUCGGCGUAUUAGAAGACGGUCGAGAAUUAGCUAUUAAAAGAGCGGAAUUAUCAACUACUAGUUCUUACGCUGUUGGAACCAAACGCCAAGAAGAUAAAGACAACGCAUUCAUCAAUGAACUCGAAUCACUGUCUCGUUUACAUCACAAAAAUCUUGUCCGAUUACUAGGCUUUUGUGAAGAAAGUAACGAACGAGUACUAAUCUAUGAGUUCAUGAACAACGGUACACUCCACGACCAUCUCCACAAGAUACAAAACUCUCCAUUAAUGUCAUGGCCUGCAAGAAUCAAGGUAGCACUAGAUGCAUCUCGAGGAGUCGAGUACCUUCAUGAGUAUGCUGUGCCACGGAUCAUUCACCGCGACAUCAAGUCGUCCAAUAUUUUACUCGACAGCACAUGGACAGCCAAAGUAUCCGAUUUCGGACUAUCUCUGAUGGGUCCUGACGAUGAAGAGUCACACUUGUCGCUCCACGCUGCAGGCACUGUCGGGUACAUGGACCCAGAGUACUACAGACUUCAACAACUGACAGCAAAGAGUGAUGUGUAUAGUUUCGGAGUAAUGUUGCUAGAAUUACUGUCAGGUUACAAGGCAAUACACAAAAAUGAGAAUGGUGUGCCGAGAAAUGUGGUUGAUUUCGUCGUGCCGUAUAUUAUGCAAGAUGAAAUCCAUAGAGUGUUGGAUUCGAGAGUGGCGCCUCCGACCCCAUCUGAAAUAGAGGCAGUAGCGUAUAUAGGAUACUUAGCAGCAGACUGUGUAACACGAGAAGGUCGAGAUCGGCCAUCCAUGUCCGAAAUUGUAAAUAGUUUGGAAAGAGCAUUGGCUGCGUGUUUGGUGCACCCUACUUCGCUUUCGCGGUCCACGACGGGCUCCUCGACGUGAAUUUAGACUCGGUACGCUAGUGUAAUGAAAUGGUCCACAUUUUGUAGAGAUAGUCUAAAGUCUAUACAAUUUUUUUGUUAGAUUUUUCUGCUACAUACAUAUACAUAGCCAAAUGUUAUUAUUAUUUUUUCCCUUUAUUAGUUAGUUGAUUGGGUUGGGAAUUGUCCAAAAAGUAUAUGAUUGUGUACCUACCACAAAGAAAAAUGUGUAUCUAUAUUUGUACAUUUACUUCUAUUCAUUUCCUUUAAAAGGAAAAUUGUCAAAAAUUAUGAAAAAAGACUAGUUCAAGUAAGAGGUCAAAAUGGAUUAUUGAAGACUGAAAUGGGAACCUAAUAAGAAGGAAGGAUUUGGUGUCAAA